CGUCAGCAGGCCACGUCACCAGGACACGGCAGCAGUGCCACGUCCGCAACCAGUCAUGCAGCAGCAGGUCACGUCAGUGCAUGGUACUCACCCGCUCCAAGACAAGCGGCAUGGAGCAGCAGCCAGGCGAGACUACGGAGGCCUAUGAGGCCCGCAUGCUGGACAUAGUAGCAAAGUACAAGCAACGGGCAGCUGUGGCAACAUCCGCACGUAAGAAGGAAGACGAGGAAACAGAGGAACAGCGUCGUCUCGCUGAACAGCAGCGACAGUGGGAUGAGGCAACAGUGCAGGCCGCAAACGAACGUCGUCGACUACGCCGAGACAAACUCCUCGAAUGCGAGGGGGAUAUCGAGGUGAUGGUCGGCGAAUGGGCAGUGGCUGCUGAAGAGGAGGGUGCCCCCUCUGUUGUGCGUGGCCUUGCAACCACAAUCGAACAUGUGAGCGGCUUGGUCGCCACCUGUGCAGCACAGCAAGAGGACAUCCUCUACAUGGACACCCUGGUCCGGAAGCAGAUUCGAACUAUUGAUGAACUGCUUGACCGGGUACGCCGGCUGGAACAGCAGCUUGCAACAGCCACCCCCGUCGGACCCUCCAACUUGACGGAUCGCGUCGUCUCGGAGAUCGACGUCGAGACUCUCAAAGACGACGCUCUAACGACAAAUCAGCGAUUUGACCAGCAGAUUUGCGCUGCUGCAGCCAGUCCAACCGCGACCAAUCGCGAGAGCAUUCUGAAGUUUGAUGGCCUCCCGAUCUUCUGCGAUGCAAUGAAGGUGUCGCCAGUUCGAACUGAAGUUGGACAUUCACCAUGUCAUCAACCCGAACCGGCACGCAUACUUAUACUCCCGCUCGGGAGGCGCGUGCCAGGCAUGGCUGGACAACAUGUUGUUCACGCAUAAGGUCACAGUCUCCUAGCUGCAUACGAAGAUCAGCUAGGCUGAUCUCAAGGCAGCAUGGCAUAA